AUGUCAUACCGAGAACUACGUAACUUCUGCGAAUAAAUGAGGGCUUUGGGGUAUCACCGAAUCAUCUCGAUGGAGAACUUUAGAAGGCCUAAUUUUGAAUUAGUUGCUGAUAUCUUAUAUUGGUUAGCCUUGAAAUAUGAUCCUAAUACAGACAUCUCAGACAACAUCGAUGAGGAAGUAUACAAACGCGAAUUAACAAAUAGCGUCAUCGAGUUGAAUUCAUCAAACAGAUUACUACUCUUUUCGUAAGUAAAGCCAGGCUCAAGAUAAAUCCAAAGAGGUUAUAUAUGGCAGAUGUGUAUGCAGUUCAAGAAAUAUUGAAAAUUUCAACAUUUUUAUAUAAGGCGUAAGUGUCCUAGCCGGCAGAAGAGGAUGAAGUGCAUGAUUUCGUAAACAUUUUGAUUUGAUUUAUCCAAGUCCCUCCCUUCUAAAUUAAGCAAUAUCAAGAGUCAUAAGGUGUUGGCAUAAGAAAUUAAUGAUUUGGCCACUAGGUUAUACGACUAAUUGGGGAAGGAGGAUGAAGUGAGAGUUGCUAGAGUAUUAAUUCGAAUUCUAUACAUAGGAAAAAGCAUUAUAGUUCUUAUAAACUGUCUCUAGAGGUGGUAGUUCCCAAUCAGAGCAGUCUUAUAUUUAAUUGUGCAUUUAAUCUAUAUUGAAACAACAAGAUUCAAGCAUUGAGGAGAUGUCUAAAUAUGUAAGUGGCUUGGAGAGAGAGCAGAAGCAAAUUGAUGAAAAAAUCAAGAGAAAGACAAAAGAAUUGGAAUAGGCAGAGAAGAGAUUGAAGGGGAUGACUAGUGUGAAGCCCGCUUAUUAAGAAGAAUACGAUAGAUAGGAAUAUGAGUUGGAAAAGCUAUAUUAGGUAAAUUUAAUAUGGAUCAAUUAGAUUUAUGUUGAGAAAUUCAGAAAUCUUGUUUAUUUAGAACAUGUUUUGGAUGCUCUAAAUAGAUAAGAAGAAAUAAAAUAAAAGAAGGCGCAGCAAUAAUUAGUGGGUUUCUAAACUUAAAUUUAAAAAGAUAUAGAAACUGACUUGAAAGGGGAAGAUGAAGAAGAAAACUAGGAUUAGUUAGGGUAAUUAGGAGGAGACUCUAGGUUACGAUCAAGUAAUCAAGAGAAACGAAACAAUGAAUUUAUGAGAUAAUAACAAGGAGGAUUUAAUAAAUAGCAGAUGAAUGAAGACAUAGAUAUGGACGGUAUAGAUAAUAGAAGUGGAUGUGAGGAUGAGGAAGAUGAGGAAGAGGAGGAAGAGUAAGAUAUGGACAAUUUGGAAGAUGAUGUUGAAGAAGUAAGCUUUUGAAAAUAACAUAUUUAUUAUAUGUAUAAAUAUAAUUA